AGAACGCUCGCAUGGCUUUUGUAUUGCGCCAUAAACGUUUCGCUGCUCGUAACGCCACAACGCUCGACGUUUCGCAGCGGCCUUCGCUUUCGCUUCUCUUCUCGCGCGUAAAGCGGUCUCCCCAAAACACACAAAAAAAAUACAACAAAAUUAUACAACAAAAAAAUAUAGAAAGAAACCCCCCGCAGCAGACAGACAAAACUCAAAGUCUCCAACGACUCAAAGCGCCGCCGUCGCUGCCUCAGCCGCUGCCUCUGCCGACUUCGCUGCCCGCGCCGGCAGCAAGAAUUACCAAUUACACGAAAUUUUUAUACUCUUUUAAAAAUUUCGUUUUAUUAUAAUAUUUAUUAUCGUGGCGCGCAGUAGUGUCUGCGGAACUCAGCUCUCCACUCUUUGGAUUCCCGGCCCUCCGAUUCCGAUUCGGAUUAUACGAUUAUACGACUAUACGACUAUACAGCUAUACGACUGUGCGACCAAACGAUUCAGUUUCCGAUUCGCCGUGUUUAUUGUUCCGUUUCGGCCGCCGGCUUAUUGUCACUUAACUGUUAUAGAGCGCAUAAAGUAUAUAAUAUUGUGUGAAAAAUCCGUACCGAAAAACCGAAGAAACUGUCAAAACACUCGGUUUAUAACUCUCUGUGUGCGGUGCAUAAAAAUUAAAAAGCCAUAAAGUUGACAUCGUAAAAGGUUCGGCUGUUCCAGAGUUCGAUAGUUCUACCUGCAAAGUGUUUUAUGGCAUUUUAAACAAAGUAAUUAAAGCAAAACGUAGGGAGAAAGCAUUUCUCCGGCCACACACACACUGUCGCACACUCACGCACACUUGAGAAGUCGUUAAAAGCCGCAGGGAAACUCACUCUGCCAUAAAAAUACAAGAGUGCCAUUAAAAAAGAUCGCGCGCCUAUAAAUCACACGUACGAAAUCCCGCCGGCACAACGUCCAUUCGAAUUUCCGCGUAAUUGAUGGCCGCCUUUUAAUUGCUUUUACAACAAAUAAAAUAUACACACACCCCACACACACGCACACACUUGUGCCACAGCUGCAACAACAACGCAACCCGAGACCAUAUGCAAAUUUAACAAAUUUCGUUGUGAAUUCGCCAGCUUCGAGCGAAAAAAGAGAAACAGAAAAGCUGCAAAUACAAACUGCUCGCCAAAAGUUCGCUAGAGAAAACCCGAGAAAGCCAUAUUAACCGAACGACUCAGAUAAAUAAAUCGAACUCGAAGAAACGAAAAAAGAACAAAAAGUGGACUAAACAAAAUUCCGAAGAUCCGAUCCUCGGCCAGAGAGCAAAAUAUGUGCAAUGUCAAAAUUUGUUUUCGAUAGUAUGCUGCCAAAGUAUCCACAGUUCCAGCCGUUUAUCAGUUCGCACCACCUAACCACCACCCCCCCGAAUUCGUCAUCUGCAGCAGUUGCCGCCGCCCUAGCCGCCGCCGCCGCCUCUGCCUCCGCCAGCGUUUCAGCCAGCAGCAGCAGCAGUAACAGCAACAACAACAACAACAACAGCGCCAGUGGCAGCAACACGAACAACAACAACAACAGCAGCAGUAGUCCCAGCAGCAGCAGCAACCACAACAGUAAUCUCAACUUGAGCGGAGGAUCCCUUUCGCCGUCGAGCCAUUUGAGCCAACAUCUAGGCCAAUCGCCCCACUCGCCGGUCUCCUCGUCGUCGCCCUUCCAGCAGCACCACCCACAGGUGCAGCAGCAACACCUGAACCACCAGCAGCAGCAGCAACUGCACCACCACCACCAGCAGCAGCAGCACCACCAGUACUCCUCGCUCUCGGCCGCCCUUCAGUUGCAGCAGCAACAGCACCACAUCAGCAAGCUAGCCGCCGCUGCCGUCGCCUCGCACGGCCACGCCCACCAGCAACUGCUGCUAACGCCCCCGUCGGCGGGAAAUUCGCAAGCGGGCGACAGCAGCUGCUCUCCGUCGCCCUCCGCAUCGGGCAGCUCCUCGCUGCACCGGAGUCUCAACGACAACUCGCCCGGAUCCGCAUCCGCUUCGGCAUCCGCAUCCGCGGCCAGUUCCGUUGCCGCCGCUGCAGCCGCCGCCGCCGCUGCGGCCAGCUCCUCGUUUGCCAUCCCCACCAGCAAGAUGUAUCCGUACGUGUCGAACCACCCGAGCAGCCACGGAGGACUCUCCGGAAUGGCCGGCUUCACUGGAUUGGAGGACAAGUCCUGCAGCAGGUACACGGACACCGUGAUGAACAGCUACCAGUCGAUGAGCGUACCUGCCUCGGCCUCCGCGCAGUUUGCCCAGUUCUAUCAACACGCCACCGCCGCCGCAUCGGCGGUAUCGGCGGCCAGUGCCGGAGCGAUCGGAGUCGACUCGCUGGGCAACGCCUGCACACAGCCCGCCUCCGGGGUGAUGCCGGGGGCAGGGGGAGCGGGCGGAGCCGGUAUCGCCGAUCUGCCGAGAUAUCCCUGGAUGACGCUCACAGACUGGAUGGGAAGCCCCUUCGAGCGUGUCGUUUGCGGCGAUUUCAACGGCCCCAACGGUUGUCCCCGAAGACGCGGUCGCCAGACCUACACUCGCUUCCAGACCCUCGAGCUGGAGAAGGAGUUCCACUUCAACCACUACUUGACCCGGCGACGGCGCAUCGAGAUCGCACAUGCCCUCUGCCUGACCGAGCGACAGAUUAAGAUCUGGUUCCAGAACCGGCGCAUGAAGCUGAAGAAGGAGUUGCGCGCCGUCAAGGAAAUAAACGAACAGGCUCGACGCGAUCGCGAGGAGCAGGAGAAGAUGAAGGCCCAGGAGACGAUGAAAUCCGCCCAGCAGAACAAGCAAGUGCAGCAGCAACAACAGCAGCAGCAACAGCAACAGCAGCAGCAACAGCAGCACCAGCAGCAGCAACAACAGCCGCAGGACCACCACUCGAUCAUCGCACACAAUCCGGGCCACUUGCACCACUCGGUGGUGGGCCAAAACGAUCUCAAGCUCGGCCUUGGCAUGGGCGUGGGCGUCGGAGUGGGCGGCAUUGGGCCGGGCAUCGGCGGUGGACUGGGCGGCAAUCUGGGCAUGAUGAGCGCCCUGGACAAGAGCAAUCACGACCUGCUGAAGGCGGUCAGCAAGGUCAACUCCUAAGCUGACCCACCGCAGCCGCCCAGCCGAGCCAACGAGCCAAUCUUCCACCAGCCGCACCACUAGCUCCACUAGCACCACCACCACCACCACCGCAGCCACCGCCAGGAUCAGCGUCCGGCGUUCUUUUUCAUCUCUUCGUCUGUGUAACGCGAGCGAGAUAGCAAGCAGAAGAUAAACUCGAUAACUAAAAUACGUAAAGUUUUACAUAGUAAAUAGUUGCAUAAGUCUACAAACCUACAUACACGCAAAUGAGUGAGUUCGAUGGCCCAGGGGCGAUUCACUGGACUUGAGUUGGAUUGCCUAGGAUCAAAGCUUUCUGAGGUUUCCCCGAGUGCAGUGGCCUAUUUGAUAGUGCAACGCAUGUGAUUCCCUUCCAGAUCUCCAGUGAGAACUUGUGUAUCCGGCAUUUCUUCCAUACUUUUCCCUUUUGGCGCAGUCCAACCCCUAAAUUGGCAAUUCAACCCCCAGUAGCAGUGCAGAGCCUCUGGGCCAAAGGGCCCAAUUCGGUAAUAUUAAUGGAUAACUUGAACUACUUAGAAUAGCGGUAAAUGCUUAAGGCAGGAGUUAGCAGGAGACGCGAUCUAUAUAAAUGAAUAUUGACGAAAUGAGCGAUUUUUGAUAGUCAGAGAACUCCGUUGCCAGCCAUCGACUAAUUUCCAUGAGAAUUGGUUCUUGGGGGAAGGCGACUCGCGGGGUUCGAGU